CUCUUCACAAUCAUUCUUUUGGUGUCUCUACCAUAUAAUAAUUCACCAUAAUCUCCUUACUUAAACUCACAAACUCCUCUGAAAAUUUCUGAAUCUUUCAGCUGAAAUAUAUUACUCAUAACAAUGGCCGGAGGAACAGCUCUAACUCCAACCUCUGUAGGAUCUAAGCCAGUUCCAAUGAGGAACCAUGAAGCAACAGAAAGAGGUAAUAACAACAGCAACAACAACAACAACCACCUGAAAGCAUUACCCAAAGCGGUCCAACCGGUUUCAUCGAUCGAAGGAGAGAUGGCUAAGAGGCCACGAGGUAGACCUGCUGGCUCCAAGAACAAACCCAAACCACCAAUCAUUGUGACUCACGACAGUCCAAAUUCCCUCAGAGCUCAUGCCGUUGAGAUCAGCUCAGGCAAUGACAUCUGUGAGACUUUAUCAGAUUUCGCAAGAAGGAAACAGAGAGGUCUCUGCAUACUAAGUGCCAAUGGAUGUGUCACCAAUGUGACAUUAAGGCAGCCAGCUUCAUCAGGAGCUAUUGUGACAUUACACGGACGUUUCGAGAUCCUCUCAUUGCUCGGAUCAAUCUUGCCUCCACCAGCACCGCUUGGGAUCACUGGUUUGACCAUUUACUUAGCCGGGCCUCAAGGACAGGUUGUUGGUGGAGGAGUGGUUGGUGGGCUAAUCGCGUCUGGUCCUGUUGUUCUCAUGGCUGCAUCUUUCAUGAAUGCUGUUUUUGAUCGUCUUCCUAUGGACGACGAUGAAGCUGCUUCAAUGCAGAACCAGCAGUACUACCAGAAUGGAAGAUCCCGUCCUAUAGAUGAGAUCCAUGGACUGCCUCAAAACCUGCUGACUAAUGGAAACUCGGGUUCUGAUAUUUACUCUUGGGGGGCUGCGCAACGUGCCAUGUCCAAACCUUGA